AUGACGCCGUCAGGCGUAACCUCUUCAUCCAAACGAAAGAAACCCGACGAUGACUCUGCGAACGGCGUGUCCACCAAAAAACAGAGAACGCGAGUCAGGGUCCCUGUUCGUGUCCCUGGCCCCACUGCCGCAUGCUUAUCGUCCUUCACCAUACAGUGCGUCGCGCGCAAGGUCCCGGAACUGUGCAAGGCAUAUACCCCGGGCAAAGCAGACCAAGAUUUAAGCGCCCGGAUAUCGCGGCUCGAGCAAAUUAUCGAGGUUGCCUUGCCCCAAUACUGGAAUCCGACUGCGCAUGCCAGAACCUCGAGCACACCAGCUGCGGUCGAGAAUAAUUCGUUCAGAGAACGACGACGAUCCCCCUCGGUUCCCGACGACGAUACCCGUUCUCAAACCGAAGAACAAGAUCCGAGCGGUGGGACACUGCAAAGUGGGAAGUGGUACGGGAACAGUGCGUCAGGGAGCGUUGCACCCGCAUAUGUGAUCGAACAACUACAACAGGUAGUUGCUCAUUCUGGUUCGAAUGUCCGCCCUGGUUUCCGAACUGGCGAGUUUGACAACUUGGAAGGAGGGUCCCAGCAACGUGCGUCAAUGAAGUUGAGGCCUAAUGGUGAAGUAACAGACGAUGACGCCGAGGCGUCUCCGGAAAACAACUUGCAAAGCCUUUUCCUCGAGUGCGGUGUCUCGCCUCAUCAAAUUUCUGAACUACACCAAGAACUCCCCUCGCCACAAGUAUGUGACCGUCUUAUCGACCAUUAUUUCGCUGCCAUAAACUGGACGCGAUACCCCAUCUCGGAACGGGAUUUCCGCGCCGCUUACACUUCGGUGUUGAGCCAUAUUCAGGACGGAAUAGGCGCAACCAACCCCCAUGAUGUUCGAUUCCUCCCGCUGUUAUUCGUCGUCCUUGCGAUAUCAGUUCGCCUGGCACCAGAAUCUCUCGCGGGGGAUCCUCGCACUCGUCGAGUCACUUCUCUGAGGUAUUACUGGUCAUCUCGAAGGUCCCUCCUCAUUGCAGCAGCAAUACAACCCGACUCCCUUGAUGUCGUCCUUACUCGACUACUCAGCGCAAGAUUCCUGACUUUCGACAGAAGAAUUACGGAAUGCUGGAGUCAGCUUGGCGCUGCAGUAAGGACUGCCCAGGCCCUGGGCUUCCAUCGGGAUGGCUCGACACUGGGCAUGGACCCGAGCCAAACGGAAUACCGUCGUCGAGUUUGGUCUUAUCUUCUCCACGCGGAUCGUUCCUAUGCCCUGGUACUGGGAAGACCAAAUUCAAUACAAGAUGACUAUACUUCUACAAAGGCCCCUUCCAACGUCGAUGACGAUCUUAGGCCCGGUAAUCUGGAAUCACGACCACUAUCACAGCCUACCCGCAUGACAUUUGUUAUCCUCCGACACCAACUGGCGAUUAUCAUUGGCCGGAUUGUACACCACUUCCAACAAGUCAAGGAGCGAAGCCAAUACUCGGAAGUCCUCGCGUUGGAUGACGAGCUCCUCAAGUUCAUGGAAAACCUUCCUCCGCAUUUCUCACUCCAACCUGACACCUCAUUGGACCAAACCCACACAUACAUCCCCGUGCACAGGUUCCUUCUCAUUACCGAGAUCCUCUUUGUCAGAAUCAGUCUACAUCGACCUUACCUGCUCAGACGGCUUCGUUCAGACCGGUACCAUCGAUCCCGCAAGGCUUGUUUCGAGUCAGCGAUCAAGGAUUUCCAAGUGCGACAGGCUUUCCGAGAAUCCAUGCCAAAGGAACGGAGGGACUCCUUGAGCAACGCCUACAGGGAAUUCCAAACAGCCAUGAUAAGCGGACUCUACUUUAUCCUCGAACCAAAAGGUGCUUACUCGGACACCAUGCGCAAAAUACUGGAAGGCUUCGUCAAGGAGCACGAAAACAUGCAAGAUUUGGACGAAACCACCCGACGUGAAUUGAAGACGAUCGAAUUUCUAAAAGCAAAAGCCUCAGAAAUGGCAAUGCAAGAGAACGACCCAGCACGAGCAUCAUCGACGCUGACCAAACAAGAACAACAAGCUCAGUUAUUGCUGAAUCUGCAAUCUCCAGGAGGAAGCAAAGCAUUCCAGUCACUGCCUGGCAGCACUGACCAAACCAACGCGACCCCUCCCUUUUCCGCUGCCACGAUAACUCAACUGAACCUUUCCCCCACUUUCCAGCGGCUUCAAACUAACGACUACGCGAACUCUCCGACCGCAGGCUCGGGAAGUCCACACGGCGACGAUGAAUCUCCAGCACAGUCUUUGCUUGAUCAUUGGGUCAACACCGUCAGUAACACCCACCUGGACAUUAACACUGGUGCCAUGUCCUGGGGCGGCCCCACAGCCCACACCGAUUUCUCGGGGUGGGCGACUGCCGCCACGACUGUCCCGACGGACCUUCGUGGACUUGCAGGCGUUGAUGGAUCGGACUGGAGCUACUGGGAAGCUCUCGUUACCCAGAUCCAACGCGCUCCUUGA